UUAAGUCGCUGAGUUAUUUCUGUAGUGCAGUUUUAUAGGUUGUGGGUUUGUACCGAAUGACUACAACUGAUGUGUUUAGGAUCCUGGACUUUGGUCAGGGGAAUGCAUUCCAUUCCCUGAAACCCGAAAGGCAUCGUUUCUGUUUUCCCUGUUAGAACAUUAGCUCACUGUGAACCCAGUCUGAUGCAUCAUUUCAGAUGGAAAAAAACAUUAUGGAGCCCUGUAAUGAGGAUCACACUGUAUACCUACUGGUGCCUUUUUACUGCUUUAGUCUGGACUCAACUAUUAACGCAGCAAAUCUGCACUUCUGCCUCAGUUAUGCAGAAUCCAGGACUUAACUCCCAAUCCAAACAGGACCAACAAAACUGUGAAAGUAAUAAGAAAUUUGGGGAGAUGACAUGGGCUGUCCACAUACAUUUCCCAAGUGACACUGUCUCAGAUGAUCAGGAAGAUCUGGAAAGACUAGCUAAUAAACUGGCUAAAGCAGCUGGCCUGGAAAACCGAGGUCAGAUUGGCGAGUUGGAAGGCCAUUAUCUGUUUGCUCUUGCAUGCCAGAAUCUUGGAGAGGACGAAGUUGAGAGAAUUAGGAGGUCUGCAGAUGAAAUCCUUACGAAGCAUGAUAAUGUAAGGUGGCAUGCGGAACAAAAACUUCUAAAAAGAACAAAGCGCAGUCUUCACUUUAAUGAUCCCAAAUAUCCCCAGCAAUGGCACUUGAGUAAUGACAAGAGACCAGGGAUGGAUAUCAAUGUGACAGGUGUCUGGGAGAGAAACGUGACGGGAAAAGGUGUGACAGUGGUUGUGGUAGAUGAUGGAGUAGAACACACCAUUAAAGAUAUUGAACCAAAUUAUAGUCCUGAAGGCAGUUAUGACUUGAAUUCGAAUGAUCCAGACCCUAUGCCUCAUCCAGAUGAAGAAAAUGAUAACCAUCAUGGUACUAGAUGUGCUGGAGAAAUUGCUGCUGUGCCAAACAAUAACUUUUGUGCUGUAGGAGUUGCUUAUGAAAGUCGAAUUGCAGGUAUUAGAGUGCUGGAUGGACCAUUAACUGACAGUAUGGAGGCUAUAGCCUUUAACAAACACUACCAAAUUAAUGACAUCUACAGCUGCAGCUGGGGUCCUGAUGAUGAUGGGAAGACCGUGGAUGGCCCUCAUGCACUUGGAAAGGCAGCUUUGCAGCAUGGAGUAAUUGCUGGUCGAAAAGGCUUUGGAAGUAUUUUUGUAGUAGCCAGUGGCAAUGGAGGCCAGAAUAAUGACAACUGUAAUUAUGAUGGUUAUGCAAACUCAGUCUACACUGUCACCAUAGGAGCAGUGGAUGAAAUUGGAAGAAUGCCAUUCUAUGCUGAGGAAUGUGCUUCCAUGUUGGCUGUUACAUUUAGUAGUGGUGAUAAACUAAUGAGAAACAUAGUAACCUCUGACUGGGAUUUGCAGAAAGGCACAGGGUGCACAGAGGGCCACAGUGGAACAUCAGCAGCUGCACCAAUAGCAGCAGGGAUGAUUGCACUUAUGCUUCAGGUCAGGCCUUGCUUGACUUGGCGAGAUAUCCAAAAUAUCAUAGUCUUUACAGCAACAAAGUAUGAAGAUAGACAUGCUGUCUGGGAGACUAAUGGUGCUGGCUUCCAUCACAGUCACCAGCAUGGCUUUGGUUUACUAAAUGCAUGGAGACUUGUCAAUGCUGCAAAGAUCUGGGAGUCUGUUCCGUACUUGGCUUCAUACAGCAGUCCAGUAAUAAAAGAAGAAAAGACCAUACCAUUGUCUCCUGAGCAAUUGUCUCCUGAGCAAUUGCAAGUUGUCUGGAAAGUUACAGAAGCUGACCUGUUACUGUCUGGUAUGAAGACCCUGGAACAUGUAGCAGUUACGGUAACUAUAACCCACCCACGCCGUGGCUAUCUGGAAAUUAUGUUGUACUGUCCUAGUAACAUGUCAUCUCUGAUUGGGCCUACACGCAGCAUAGACUCAGAUCCAUUUGGCUUUACUGACUGGACAUUCUCCACAGUGAGAUGUUGGGGUGAAAAGGCAGAAGGCACUUACCGAAUGGUUAUUACUGAUAAUAGUGAUUCUUCCCCAAACUUGGGCAAACUGAAACAGUGGCAACUUACACUGUAUGGCUCAUCAUGGACCAUAGAAGAUGUCAAAAAAAGACAGAGGUAUGUGGAACAUGCAAUGAGUGGGCAGUACCUGAAUGAUGCAUUUUCCUUGCCUUGUCCUCCAGGACUAACAAUCUUGGAACCAGAGGCAUAUGCAAUGGCAACAAAUACUCUCAAGACUCUGAUUAUUCUGGGCUGUUUUGCCGUCUUUUGGUCUGUGUACUAUAUGCUUGAAGUUUACUUCACAAGAAAAAAGGUUGACUUGAGCUUGCUAUGCCACAAUUCUCCUUGUAGACGCACCCAUGGUGGUAACAGACUUUCAAGAAGCUUUGAGGCUAGAGCAGAGAUGGAGUCUGUUCCUCUUUGCAAGAUGGAUGAUGACAUCACAGAGGACAUGGAAAAUCAGCAUGAGGAAUGUGGUGGAGAACUGCAGGAGGUGGUGUACAAAGAAGUGUGGAGUCCAAGAACUACACAGGAAACACCCAAAGGGAAUUGUAGAGACUUCUUAAAUGCAAACAUUUCUUCAGAAGAGAAGAACAGUGAACAUACAAGCUUACUUUCUUCAGUAGCAACAGAAGGCACAUAGCAUUGAUUCAGUUCCAGAAAUGGGAUUUUAUCUUUAUUGACUUUCAUCUUUCCAAAUGGGAAGACUUUGUCCUAAAAAAAUAAAUAAGUAAUCACCACAUUUUUCUGAUUGGUGGUAAGUUAAUUAGAGCUGCUAAUCCUUUGGUAGCCUGUAAAGCCAGACCCACAGCUGAAAAGCAAAGUUAAUGAGCUGUAGUUUAUCUGCACCUCAGGUAGAGGAAACUCACUGCUGCUUCCUCAGUAGGCAACCAGAUGUGAACAUUUUCUUGAACCUUAGAGGUUCUGCUUGGAGUGGCUUUGUGAUUGGUUAUAAGGCAAGCUGUGAUUGUGGAAUGGAAAACCAAAUUUUUAUAAAUGCUGUGCAAUAUCGGACUGAGUAGAUACAGGCUUGUCUAAUUCAACUUGUCCAUCAAAACCAAAUAGUAAACACUGUGCUGAUUUUAUUCCUAUUUAUAGAUAUAUUAUUAAAUUAUGUUGCAGUUAACGAUGAUUUCAGAGAAAUCUUAGCAAUGAAGUCAAAAAAUGGUAUGAAAUGAUUAUAGCACUGAAAGGUUAGUGUAUGUCUUCGUUGGCAUUUGAGCCGAACUCCAUUACACAGAACGCCUUGUUUUGAAAAGCUUGUGUUUUCAGUGUCAUAUUCACAAAGUGAAAUGUGGUUAUCACUGGUUUACUACAUUUUUUUUUCUGUAUGAGUCUAGUUUUAGCUGUAUCUCUCUGGUUGUCUAUAUCACAACAUAUAUUUGAGUUUAGAGACCAGGCUAUUCAAAUUGAUAGAUUUAUAUAAAGUACACCUUUCCAGUUGCUAACAUUAGUCCCAAGACAUAUCAAAUGGGAGAGCACAGUUCAUAAAAAGUUCUAAGAUGUGCAGCACAGCAUUAGAGAUUAUCCCUGCUGCAGCUAUGAUUUGGGUUUGGAAAUGAACUCCACCCUUAAUAGGAGCUAUUAGGUUACAGGUGCAGUUAUCAAGUAUUCCAAAGACAGAUAUCUACCUCCCAACAAAACAGGGGAAGAGCAAGUGAUGGAAAGGGCUACAUGCUGUCUUGUUUGUUUAUCAGAAGGCAGUCAUUAUAGGAAGGACACUGAAAAAUGUUUGUCAUCAUAUCUUGAUCUUUUCUUUAGUAUUAAUGUCCCUGCACCACUAUUAACGGAUAUUGUUUUUUAAAUUUAUUAUACCCAAAUAUAUAAUUUGAUAGGGUAGGGACUGCCAUGCUGUUUGAUUUUGUUGUAUAGUCAAGGUUUUCACCUCCCUAAUUUAAUUUGAUAGGGAUGUAGAGUGCACUGGAUGAAAACAUUUACUGUAGUAAGAGCUGUCCACCGACUUGCAUUGGAAGAACUUUGAUUUCCUAUGUUUUGAUGGUCUCUUACAAGAGCAUCAGUUUGUCUUUUGGAGUGAGAUUUUUUUUUUUCAUUUUAAGUUACACUUCAUUGUCAGACAUGAAAUAAUAGUUUAUUUAAGGAUUUGACUAAGAUCUCUUGUUUCAGUAUCUGUCUCCAUGGUGUGGAGGAAUAAAGCCUGGAAUGCAUUGUAGAAGACGUGUUUGGUUGGCUGCCAGGGUGCUGUUGGGAUCAGAUGGGGUCGAGUAGGAGUGAGUGGUAAUUUUGGCUUGCCCCAUCCUGGGGGAGGAGGUAGCUGGACUCCCUGCAUUGGUGAUACCUUGCGUGAUGGUGUAUUGCCACAGAGACUAGAAUACCCACAGUCUGAGAGGUGUGCCUCCUGGUUAGGUGGUUGCACAUCUGCAGAAGCGCACACAUACCUCCUGAAGGCAUCUAUAGAGGCUUUGAUAGGCUGAGUGGGUGGGAAUAGUUCAGUUCUCAUGAUCUGCAACCUUGCCAUCUGCCUAACAACCGACAUUUUCCUUCACCAUGGAAUCAAAAGGCUGGUGGCACUUGGGUUUAAAACUUUGUAUUAAUCUUGCAGCUAGAAUAAGUGACCUUCUUAAUUACUUUAUUAGGUCAUAAAACACUAAUCUGUAGCUUCCCUUCCUAGUCUGCAUGAGAUUGUAGGUGACAUGACAGAUAAAAGUGCUAGAAAGAAAUAACUCUGUAAUCUACAAAAGGCAGACUGCUUUGUAGAGGAUCAGUUCCAUGCAAAAAUCAGUUAGCAGUUUGUAAUGAGCAGACACUUGGUACAUGUGUUUAGAUACCAGGCGUAUGCAUGCAUACGGUGCUGCUGUCUUAUUAAAAUGAGUUAUUAAGGUAAAGUGCCUAUAAAUAAAGUAUAUUUCUUCAGUCAAUGUGUUAAAAAUACCUUUGUUGCAGGAAGGUUUGUUUUAAUAAUACAAUAAUAAAUAUACAUACAUACACAUACACACACACAAACAUUUGUAUAACAAACUGUGCUGUUGGGGGUGGGGUCACUGUCUCCCUUUUCAUUGUUUUCCAAUUAUGGUGGGGAUUCUUAAGAAACUUGUAUCAGAGGCAGACAGUGAUAAUGGACCCUCCUCUCCUAGUAAUUCCAUUUUUUCAGUCCAGAUUUUAGAAUUUUUUAAUGCAGUUGACAGGAAGGAACCUCAUUUAUAUGUCAGGGCAUGCUUAGGUUUAUUUAGAAAUUCCUUUGUAUAAUCCCAGUUAAUCUUAUCACUGUAGCUGUCUGUUUGUCGUUGUUAUACUUUGCUCUAGUUUUUGGUGUCAUGUCUUGAUUGUUUUUAUAAUUGUAUUGCUCUCAGUAAACAGGACACUAUAGUUGUUAGGUGUGGCUAUUUGAAUAAUUAAAGUUGCUUUUGGCUUUUUUUCUUCA